AUGAUAUCCUAUCAAGAAGGUAAUUUUACGAUUGCAGUGGUGGUGCUUCUGAGUUUAUUGCUACCAAAUUGGUAUGGGAUGAUUAAACAUGUUAAAGAGGAUGUUAAUUUGAGCUCCAACCAUCUGCAUUCCCAGCUCAAAUCUCAAAUUGAGAGGACUACAAAGCUUUUCAGCCAAACAACUUCUUCUACACCCAAUUUAGCAAGAUUUUUAGAUUCAUCUUUUAAUGGAUCUAACCUCUCAUUCUUUGAUAUUGAAAACAAGGUGUCAGCACUUUUGUUUCAGUCACUCCUAAUGACCCCACACCUUGGUCAAAUCUCAUACAUUGGAAAAGAUGGUCAACUUCUAUCCUACUCCAUGGACCAACUCAAUCAAAUAUUUGUAAUCUACUCUCCUCACUAUUUUAACAUGAAGAACACCAAUUGGUACAAACAAAGAGUUGACCAUGACACUGGAAAGGCAGUUGGAGAUGUCACCACAUUCAACCCAUUCACCACCAUCAAUGCAAGCUGGUUCAGAGACUUGGCCUUGAGUAGCAUGAAUGGCUCCUAUGCCUUUCUUGGAACCAAAUGGGACAAUGACCAAGAUCUCUUGCUCCAAAACUCAGCCACUGUUAACCAUGGCAAAGGUCUCAUUGUUCUAGGGUUUUUGGUCAAAGACCUAAGUGAUGAGUUCUAUGGUGAUUUGAGUAGUGUUGUGGGUGGGAGCUUGUUGUACUUGGCUACAAAAGAUGGGAAAAUGAUUGUGAAUCAUGGGCUCAAAGGGACUAGGAUGGUCCUUGCCGUAGAGGAUCAUAAUCAUGUUUCAGUCUCAUUCGAAUUGAUUGGUGAUGGUGAUGGUGAUGGUGGUGAUAUUGGAAGUGUUACAUGCUAUCCUUAUGGUGGGAGUGGGACAUCAUCAUCAUCAUCAGUGAUAAGUACUACAGUUGUGAAUAUUGAAGGAACCAAUUACGAUUUCUAUUGUUCUCAACUUGAUGUGAUUGGUGUGGAAUCGGUGUAUGCAUUAGCAGUGGCACAAAGUGAAAUGGUGAACUUUGUGCACAAGCAAAGUAUAGUGCAGCUGAUCCUUCUGGUGUCAAUAAUGGUGACAACCAUUCUUCCAAUAUUCAGCUUCGUUUUCAUAAAUUUCAGAGACUCCAUAAUAGAGAACUAUCUGAGAGAAGCACUGAUAGAGCAAAGGGAGGCAACCAAACUGGCUGAGGAGAGGACUCAAAACAGAAGCCUAGCCUUUGCAAGAGCCAGCCAUGACAUAAGAGCUCCUUUGGCUGGCAUCACUGGUCUCAUACAGUUGUCUUAUAUGGAGGUUGCUCCUGGCUCUGACCUUGAAACUAAUUUAAGACAAAUGGAUGCUUGUACCAAGGACCUUUUAGGUAUAUUGAACUCCAUUCUUGACACAAGCAAAAUUGAGGCUGGGAUGAUGAAACUAGAAGAGGAAGAGUUUGAAAUGGCUCCUCUUUUGGAAGAGGUAGCUGAUUUGUACCACCCUGUUGGAGCUAAUAGAGAAGUUGAUAUGAUUUUGGAUCCUUGUGAUGCCUCUGUGAUCAAGUUUUCACAUGUCAAAGGUGAUAGAAUCAAGCUUAAACAAAUACUAUGCAACUUGUUAAGCAAUGCUAUCAAAUGUACUCCAAAUCAUGGUCAAGUGGUUCUUAGAGCUUGGGCUAGAAAACCAUGCUUCACAGAUAGUUCAAUCAUUGACACCCCAAAUCAAGGAGGUAUAAAAAAACUAUUUUCAUGCUUGUCUAACAAGAAAAAACCUCAUGAGAAUGACCAUGACAAUGAUGAUGAUGAUGAUCAAGCCAUGGAUAUGAUCAAGAAUGAUCCACAUGUUAUGGACUUUGUGUUUGAGGUGGAUGACACAGGGAAAGGAAUCCCAAAGGAAAAACGAAAGGAGCUUUUCAAAAACUAUGUCCAAGACAAAGAAACUUCUGUAAUUAAAGGAGGCACUGGCUUAGGACUUGGUAUUGUCAAGUCUUUGGUAGAAUUGAUGCAUGGAGAAAUUGGUGUUGUGGACAAGGAAAAUGGAGAAAAGGGAGCUUGCUUCAGGUUCAAUAUUCUUCUCUCUGUGUGUGAGGAUGCCUUUGACAAUAGUAAUAGUACUACUAUUAAAGACCAAAAUGAAUUGGAUACUAGUGAGUUGGUACCAAGUGACAUUGGUGAGAAAGAACAAGGUGCUAGCCAAAUAAGCACACUUGACCCGAACUGCAGUCCAAGCCCCAAGGUAGAUAGGUCUUAUGUUGUCCUAAUGAUUCAAAACGAUGAAAGGAGAAGAGUUUCACUGAAGUUCAUGAAGAGACUUGGGAUAAAAGUUUUGGUAGUGGAUCAGUGGGAACAACUUCCUAGUGCUCUCAACAAAGUGAAGUACAUGAAGCAAGGGAACAACAGUGGUGACAACUCAAGCAAUAACUCUUCAGCAUGUCAGGGUCCUUACAAUGCCAUUGAAACAAAUGCAGAUGUGCCAUCUUCAAAUAGUGGAAACUAUGCGCUUUCUCUAUUCAAAAGUAGUACUACUACUGAUCAUCAACUUCAGGGAACAUCAGAUGGGUUAGUAGUAAUGGUGAUGGAUACAACUGCUGGACCAAUUUCACAGCUGUUAGAGGUGGCGAAUGAGUUCAAAAACAGCCUUGAAAACACCCCUUGUCAAAUUGUUUGGCUACUGAAUCCACUGGCUCGUACCAUCGACAACUCUCUCUUUGAUACAAACGACAUUGUUAUGUACAAGCCAUUCCAUGGGACUCGUUUGUACCAAGUGGUGAGACUUCUUCCAGAGUUUAAGGGUUCGUCAUCAUCAAUACUUGGUAAAGCUUCAACUACAGUUCCUUCUAGUAGGGUCAAGCAUGAAAUUGAAGAAGUUGGUAGUACAAGCAAUGAGUUCAAUAUGCGUUUGAAAAAGACCCUUUCGACCCCUGACCAUGAUUACAGCUACUCAUCUUAUCUUACAUCUAAGAAUCAAUUUCUAGGUGAGGUACAAGAACCUAGUGAAUCGACCAAGACUAGUAGUCCUAGUGAGAAACUACCAUUAAGUGGGAAGAAGAUUUUGGUUGUAGAUGACAGCUUAUUUGCUCGAGAAAUGGCUAGUAGAAUAGUCAUAAAGCAAGGUGCAACUACUGAUCUAUGUUCAAAUGGCAAAGAAGCUUUUCAACUUGUUUCCAAAGAACUAGCCAAUCAGAUGAAACAAGCAGAAUCUACGACUCUUCCUUACUAUUGUAUAUUGAUGGAUUGUGAGAUGUCAGUAAUGAAUGGAUAUGAAGCAACUAAGGAGAUAAGAAAAGAGGAGAAACUAUAUGGUGUUCAUAUACCAAUAAUAGGACUGACUGCUCAUACACCGGGUUCUGAAGAAACUAACAAGACAAUACAAGCUGGGAUGGACGCUUGUCUAAGCAAACCGUUGAAAAAUGACGAUCUGUUUCAAGCCAUCAGAUACAUCAAUGCAUCAAAGUGA